AUUGAUCAUGGAUGGUGAAGAAAUCCAAACUUUCUCGAGUCCAAAGGAGGAAACUGCGUAUUGGAAAGAGCUUUCUUUGAAGUACAAACAAAGCUUCCAGGAAGCGCGUGAAGAGCUGACUGAAUUUCAGGAGGGAAGCAGAGAAUUAGAAGCUGAGUUGGAGGCCCAGCUAGUGCAAGCUGAGCAGAGGAACAGAGAUUUGCAAGCAGAUAACCAAAGACUGAAGUAUGAGGUGGAAACAUUAAAGGAGAAACUGGAGCACCAGUAUGCGCAAAGUUACAAGCAAGUGUCGUUGUUAGAGGAUGACCUGAGCCAGACACGGGCCAUUAAAGAUCAGCUGCAUAAGUAUGUGAGGGAGCUGGAGCAGACCAACGAUGACUUGGAACGUGCAAAGAGGGCAACAGUGGUUUCAUUGGAAGACUUUGAACAAAGGCUGAACCAGGCUAUUGAGAGAAACGCAUUUUUAGAAAGUGAACUGGAUGACAAGGAGUCGUUGCUGGUUUCUGUACAGAGAUUAAAGGAUGAAGCGAGAGGUAUGGCUUGCUUGAUUAGUUCUGUGUCUUGGUACAUUGUUCGCUUGCUAACAGAGACGUGUAGCAACCACAGCUCAUGUUUAUAGAAAACCUCGUGUAAGGAGACUUGAACUGGACGCAUAAUGUAAGCGUUAGGUAUUACUUACUAACAGUAUGUUCUCU